UAAAUAUGUUUAUGACUUAAUGCGUGCAAACGUUUAAAAACAAACAAACAAACAGACAGACAGUAACGUCUGUGGUUCAACCGUUAAACUGACGGUUGGAUGCGGAACGUUUGUUAGCACGUGGCGGUUUAGCUACAGCCACAUUCGCAGUGACGCCAAAACUACAACUGUGAAGAUGGCUGCGCCCGUGAUAGAAACAUGCCAUGUAGCCUGCUGUGCGAACAGGACCCCUCAUGUUGUCUCUUGGAGCCGUGGAGGGACCAUCGCCUUCGGGACAUGUAACUCGGUGGCUCUGUACGACCCACAGGAGAGAAGAGUUGUCGCUUUGCUGAAUGGACACACGGGCAGAGUGAACACAGUGCGGUGGAUUCACAGACAGGACUGUGCUCUAGAGAGUCAUCUCGUCUCAGGCGGCUCAGACAAUCGACUCAUCGUCUGGGAAGCUAAAAAUGGCAAAUUCAUCCAGUCAGUGGAGUGUAAGGGACAUACUGGUCCAGUCUGUGCUGUGGAUGCCAUCUAUGUGGAGGACUCAAAGAUCCUGUUGGCCUCCACAGCAUCUGACUCUACAGUCAGACUGUGGCUCUGCAGUGAAACCAAAGAAGCUGAGUGCCUCCAUACCUUAUCGUUUGGCAGUGGUUUCAUGAUGGAUGUGUCUCUGGCACUGUUGCCAGGCAGCAGAGUUCCCAUUCUGGCCUGUGGGGGUGAUAACUCUCAGGUGCAUCUGUAUGUGCAGUCUAACAGACAGCUCCAGAAAGUCAUGUCACUGCAAGGACAUGAAGACUGGGUUCGUGGACUGGCAUGGGCAUCUCUAGGUGGGGAGCUGUUAUUAGCCAGCUGUUCACAGGACUGUCUCAUCAGAGUGUGGAGGCUAUGCGCCAAGUCUGGGACAGACACCCGUGCAGAGGACGAUCACACUAUCAUCAAAAUGAAAGAGGACGUUUUUGAAGUCAAGGAGACAGACAUGUCCUUGGUGUUUGCUGUGUCCCUUGAGACAGUCCUGGCAGGCCAUGAGAACUGGGUCUAUGGAAUCCACUGGCAGCCUCCUCUCAACAAAGACGGUGAGCUGCAACAGCCUCUCAGCCUCCUCUCUGCCUCCAUGGACAAAACCAUGAUCCUCUGGGCUCCCGAGGAGGGAUCUGGAGUGUGGGUAGAGCAGGUGCGUGUAGGGGAGGUUGGUGGCAACACUCUGGGUUUCUACGGCUGCCAGAUGAGUCCAGAUGGCUCCAUGAUCAUGGCUCACGCAUUUCAUGGCGCACUACAUCUCUGGUGCAAAGACCAAGACAAUGAGGGGGAGUGGAGGCCUGGGGUUGUGAUAUCAGGUCACUUCAACGCACUCCAGGACCUGAGCUGGGAUCCUGAGGGCGAGUUCAUCCUCAGCGUGGGCUCAGACAAGACCACCAGACUCUUCACUCCAUGGAGGAAACAAGAUGCCAAACAGGAAACUUGGCAUGAAAUCUCGCGUCCACAGAUCCAUGGAUAUGACAUGCAGUGCCUGGCGAUGGUCGGGAGGUUUCAGUUCGUGUCUGGAGCCGAUGAGAAGGUCCUGCGAGUGUUUCAAGCACCUCGUAAUUUUGUGGAGAACUUCGCUAACAUCUCUGGGACCUCAAGAGAAAAGCUGUUGGCAUCUAGUGACUCUGCCAACCUUCCAGAAGGAGCCAGCACACCUGCCCUGGGUCUGUCCAACAAGGCUGUGUUUCAGGGUGACCUUGUCCCAAAAACCAGUGAAGAAAAGGAGCAGUUCAGCAGUGUGUCUGAUCAAUACCAGGAGUCUUACUUCCACUCGCUCAUCAUGACUGAGCCCCCACCAGAGGAUCACCUGCUCCAGAACACACUCUGGCCCGAGGUCCAGAAACUGUACGGCCACGGCUUUGAGAUGUUCUGUCUUGCUUCAGACAGCGCCAGGACAGUGGUGGCCUCUGCAUGCAAGGCAUCUAAAGCCGAGCAUGCGGCAGUCCUUCUGUGGAGUACAGUCACAUGGCGUCAGCUGCAGACGCUGCCAUGUCACACCCUCACCGUCACCCAGAUGGCCUUCUCCCCCGACGCACGGCUCCUAUUGGCUGUGUCCCGUGAUCGCACCUGGUCUUUAUGGAGACGGGACGUGCCGACACCUGAAAAUCCUGAGCCCCAGUUCUCUCUGUACGCACACACAAGGAAGGACACAGCUGUACACAGCCGAAUCAUCUGGUCAUGUGACUGGAGCCCAGACAGCAAAUACUUUGUGACCUCCAGUCGGGACAAGAAGGUGGUAGUGUGGGGCCUGUGCGGAUUGGAGGAUCCUGAGAUUAAACCAUGUUCCUCCAUCUUGGAUGUGGGCGAUUCUGCUACCGCUGUGGCUUUCUGCCCUGUACCCUUCUCUGAUAACAGCUUCCUGCUUGCAGUGGGCCUGGAGUGUGGCAGGAUCUUACUGUACAGGUGGAGCCCUGGCCAGGAGCCUGCUGGAGGACACGACUGGAGCAGAUGUGGGGAAACAGACAUCUCACAAAGCCACUCUCUGGCGGUCAAGAGGCUCCGCUGGAGGCCCAGGACUGGCCGUGCAGGUCGUGACAACAAUAACGGGAAGAAUGGACAGCCUGACGGGGAGACUGAAAUUGAGGAGGAGAGCUCCUGGGUUCAGCUCGCCAGCGCCAGCGCCGACCACUCUGUCAAAAUCUUCAACAUCAACAAACGGGCUCUUUAGCACUACCAACACUGACACUAUUAUGUCCCUCACACGCAGAGACACUUGGACUGAGGGCCACAGGCCUGACUGUGGCACCAAGGCCACAGCUGCUCGCUGGCAAGCCAUUCACUCUCUGUGACAGCCAGUUAAGUCAUGGGUCAGUCGCAGCACAAACCCACAGCACUAUGCCCCGCAGUCUGUCUGCACACAUCUGAACAGAUUUGAUGGGUGGAAGCAAGAUGGUGAAAACACCAUGACCCCAGGGUGGUAUUUUGCUUACACACUUCAAAGUGUUUUAGAUUCAGAGAAGACGACACUGCUGCUGAUCCAUACAGAUCGCAGAGUUUGACUCAACUCAUUAUCAUCAUGCUAUUGUCCCUGGUUGUUAAGGAUGUCAUUAAUCGCACGUGUAUGGUGUACAUUUGUUUUAUAUUAUGAUUAAUUAAAUGUUUUGUAUUUCCAAAAUUUCAGUUUGUUUUUGGUCUCUUAAAGGUGCUAUAUGUAAACCUGUGAGACAUUUUACGUAUGAAUUUUAUGCUUCGCUUUUUAUUACUAAUGGGUGAAAAGUUUGUAACAAAAAAAUGAGACCUUCCACGGCUUUCUCGGUUGCCUAUACCAGUCCAUAUAGUCCACGAAUUUCUAGUUAGCUGAAGCAGAAAAAUACUGUCUAAUCCAAGGUGGAGCAGGCUGGCUGUGUCAGACGUUAAAUUAUUAACAAUUCACUUUUCGCCGAUGUCCAGGAUGAUGUACAGUUCAGACUAGUUCAACCAAAUAGUGUCGGUUUUAAAUAAUGUUUAGUAGCCUGGAGCAGGAAAAAUAUCCACUAAUUCACAUGGAAAAUGUGAGCAAAAGCCUGAAAAAUUACUAUUAUUAAUGGCCAAAAUAUAAAGUCUAUAUAUUUUAAAUCCUAUAAUCCUCUUGUGUCUCCUCAGUUUUCUUAGAAUGCCACUUUAGGAGCAGCAUUCAUACAAAAACAUGACUAUGGUCCAUCAGUCAACGCAGGACUGUCAACUUAUUGAACACUGCAGCUUUAGAUUAAGGUAUGUCUGCUUUUGGAGACUGAGUGAGGACCUUAACAGGAUUUUCAAGGACAGAGGAAGUCCAUGUCCUGGAUUUACUACGGGUUCAGCUGAGUGUGCCGUCGUUAUAUGUCAGCCAUAAAUUUAUCUGCUGAAGAUUGUAACUGCUGGCUAUAACUCUCUCUCUAAUCACGUAUCCUGGUAUGUAUGGAGGCAUCAGUCAACCCACGCCACACGCGCUCCUCCAGGAGAUGGCUGUUUUUCAAACAGUGAAAUGAGGUUUUGGGACAAUAGGCAAUAUAUCAAGAGAUUUUCCACGUCAUAUAUAACAUAAUGUAAUUAUUGAAUCAUUAUCAGUUUCGGUUUAAACAUGAAUGAUCAUCUUGCUGGGGAUUUUCAUCAACACAUCUGUGUGCGGGGCCCUCUUAACUCUUUGCUCUGACUAGCAUACUAAUACAUAAGGCAUAUGCUCUUUCCUCAAAUGUCCUCUCCACUGUGACCUUGACCACUCAUCUUGAUGAGGUUAGAUUGCCAUAAUGUGGUACUGAGGACGGAUUAGAAAUCCCAUCUGAAAAUCCUUGAAUGCUGCAGAUUAAUGGGAAGGGAAAUGGUUACCAGGUUCACAGGUAAUAAAACCACUAACAAAGGUUACUGAGACCUCCAAAACGUUGGUCUAGGAAGGGUUUUGAAAGAGGGAAUACGAGUGAAUAUGUUUUUGUGUCAGUGUUGGGGUUCCCAGGCGAAUGGUCACAGAAUUUAAUGGAAAGUGAAAGCGUUAAAAAAAAA